UUAAUAUUGCCGAUGGAUUUUCAUUGGUUCCGCUAAUUUGGGCGACUGGAGCCUUCCGGCUUGAUUAGCAGAAUGGCGGCACCGGCCAUGGAGACAGAUGAACAGUCACGGAUACGAUUCCAGUUGGAGUUGGAAUUUGUUCAAUGUCUGGCAAACCCGAACUACCUAAAUUUUCUAGCACAAAGAGGAUACUUCAAAGACAAAUCAUUUGUGAAUUACUUGAAGUACUUACUGUACUGGAAGGAUCCAGACUAUGCCAAAUACUUGAAGUACCCGCAGUGCUUGCACAUGUUGGAAUUGCUGCAGUACGAACACUUCCGCAAGGAGCUAGUGAAUGCCCAGUGUGCCAAAUUCAUAGACGAGCAGCAGAUUUUGCAUUGGCAGCACUACUCCCGCAAGCGCAUGAGACUACAGCAGGCCCUGACCGAACAGCAACAGCAGAACAACACUAUUGGAAAAUGAUGUUCACACUUAAUGUGUCUGUCUAGUCAAAAUAUAUUGCCAGAUAUCAAGUAACUUAUGGACAAUAUGGUUACUUGCCUUAUUACUUGCCUCACCAACUACAGAUGCAGAACCUGGUUAAAG